AAAAGUUUGAUUGGGUUCGAGUAAGAAACGAAUCAUUUCAUCAGUUAAUCCACGAAAAUCUUCUGGUGGAGCAAUAACAUCAGCUUGUGCUUCAUCAACAUGUAUUAAAUUCCGAUUUAGUACCCUCUAGCUUUGUGAAUUCAAGAUGAUUUACUGACUUAUUUUGUGGGAUGGUCUUUCUCGAACAUGUUUUAGAUUGUUUUGGAUAUGAUUACUGCCUAAGAUUUAAGUUGGCUGCCUCUUACAUCCUGAGCAUCCAAAUUACCUUGUUAGCAAAUAAUCAUAUGUAUUUGGGUGAAAUAGCUUCCUUUUAAUGACUUGUUCUAUGAUUAAACUUGGAGAACCAUGGAACUCAGAAUUCAAUAUCUUCAGUAUGCCUGGCUUCUGUGUCUAUUUUAUAGCCAGUUCCAGUGACACUUACAAUCAUAGUCAAUGUUUAAUGUCAAUUUCUGGGAAGAAAGUGUUUAUUCAAUUGACGAUGAUUAUCAAUUUACUCAACGACAUAAUAGUCAGUUCGUAUUAUAAACGACCAUGGAUUAUCAAGGAUUACAUCAGUACCACCACUACUCAAAUGAUUUAAUCUCAACUGUUUACUAAAUGGUUUUGAAUCGUUAGAGAGCGGUUAUCAUCUUUUACGUCAUGAUUAAAAAUAUUGUAGUGUAUGACCUCAGCGGCUAAUUGGUUUGAAUAUUCAAACCGCGCGUCUAGUUUAAAUUAAGUCGAAAUCCACAUU